AUGAGGCUCACAACCAUAUUUCCCGGCCUCGCAGCCCUGGUGUUUUACAGCACUGCCCUAGCCACCGGCGACCAAACGGCAGCCCUCUACAUUCAACCCAUCUCCCAAUCUUCUCCUCCCGCCCCAGCCUUACUCGCUGAAAUCCAAUACAACGUUUUCUCCCCCCAAGACGCCCAAGUCGCCUCCUUUGAAUUUCCCGACCUCCCCGAAGACACCAAGACCUUCCGCGUAGGCACCUACGACGCCGCCACCGACGCCUGGACCUCGUCCACUUCCGUGGCGUCCGUAGAUAACUUCGGGAAAGGGUACUCGCCUGCGCUGAUAUUGACGGUGGAUUUGGAGGGAAAAGUAGUCGGGUCGGCGUGUAGGGCCUUCAAGAUCGAUGCUGGGCAGACGAGGGAUUUUGGACCGCAGGCUGUGGUCAGGGUCGUGGAAUUGGGCCGGCAGCCAGAGCUGAAUAAGCCGGUUGUGCUUGGAGCGGAUGGGAAGAAGGGGGAUGUGGGGGAGGAGAAGACUCUGUUGCAGAAGUACUGGUGGGUGAUGCUGAUUGUGGUGUUGUUGACUUUGACGGGAGGGGGGGAUGGGAAGUGA